AUGGGGAGGGGAAGGAUUGAAAUCACGAGGAUCGAGGACAACACGAGCCGGCAGCAGGUCACCUUCUGCAUAUGCGCCGCAACGGGCUCCUCAAGAAGGCGUAUGAUGAGCUCUGCGCUGUCCUCUGCUACGCCGUGGUGGCGCUCAUCGUCGUCUUCUCCAGCCUUGGGCGCCUGUACGAACGAGUACGCCAACAGCAGGAGGAAUAGUCCAGGUGUCAACGUACAAUACCAUGUUGAGCUCAUGCAGCAGGUCACCUUCUGCAUGCGCCGCAACGGGCUCCUCAAGAAGGCGUAUGAUGAGCUCUGCGCUGUCGUCUGCUACGCCGUGGUGGCGCUCAUCGUCGUCUUCUCCAGCUGCGGCCGCCUCUACGAACGAGUACGCCAACAGCAGGUGCGGCCGCCUUUCUUGCAUGCAUAUUAUUGGUAG